AUGAGUUCGACGGCAGAGCAAAUACCGAGACCCCCACGUAAUGGAGGCGUUGUUGAGGACGACCAUCGUCGCGAUUCUCUCAUUCGACGAUCAUGGUACGCAAUGUCGGACUUGCUUUCGCCCUUCUCUUCCUCCGCGCUAGCUGCACUGCCAAAGAGAUUCAGACCCCACCCUCGCUAUACUCGCGCCGACCACAUCCCAGAUACUACUCGCGACGAGGAGGGCCACCAGCCCACCGUGCGGGAUUAUCAUUCUAUAAAUUUACCGCCGCAGGUGAGAGUGCCCAAGAAAAUCGCUACGCCAAUCAAGGUCGAAGGCAAGGUUUGGUUUGCCAAUGAGAGGACUUGGGUGUCAUACCUGAAUAUUUCCGUUCUUAUCGGAUCCCUGGCAGUGGCCUUAUUCAAUGCAUCCAAGGACAAAAUAGCGCGCGACUUCGCCUACGUAUACGCUGGGAUCAGUAUAGGUGUCCUGAUAUACGGUUAUGCCAUCUAUCAGCACAGGAUUACCAUGAUUCGCAGACGGGAUCCUGGAUCUUUUGACCAAGUUAUUGGUCCUGUCUUAAUUAGUCUUUGUUUGUUCGUUGCAGUUCUCGCUAACUUCCUCAUUCGACUUCACGAAUUGCGAAGGAAGAACAUCCCUAUACCCGGCUCAUCGCUAUUCACAUUCUGA